AUGAUCAUCCCCGUGCGCUGCUUCUCGUGCGGCAAAGUCGUCGGCGAUCGAUGGACACAGUACCUCGCCCUGUUGGAAUCAGGCCAUACCGAAGGGUGCGUACAGGUUCACGGUGUAGAUGGGUGCUUCCGAGCUCGACGCUGAUGUACGAGUGUCCUACGUCUGUCUCGCUCAGUGACGCUCUGGACGGCUUGGGCUUGAAGCGAUACUGCUGCCGAAGGAUGGUCUUGACCCACGUCGAUCUGAUCGAGAAGUUGUUGCACUGUGAGUUGUACCUGUUGGUGAGUGUGUGCACUCGCGGGUGCUGACUCGUCUUCUUUGUCGCCUCCGCUCUCGCCGCUUUGCCCCCGCUACUCACCUUGAAUAGACAACCGUAAGUCCAUUUCGGAGCCCACAGGACGGCAAUCUUUCUAACCUUCCAUUAUCGUGUUCCCACAGCGCUGGAACGAAGAGCAGCCGGCGCACGCUAA